AUGACAUCUCGGUUUCGCUGUUUUUUUGAUAUUAAAAUUGAUGGCAAUGAGGCUGGCCGUAUAGUAUUUGAACUUUUUAACGAUACAUGUCCGCGUACAUGCGAAAAUUUUCGAUGUUUAUGCACAGGAGAAAAAGGUCGUGGUUUAACAUUAUAUAAAAAAUUAUAUUAUAAAGGAUGUCAAUUUCAUCGAGUGGUGAAAGAUUUUAUGAUACAAGCGGGAGAUUUUACUGAAGGCAACGGCACUGGUGGUGAAUCGAUCUAUGGUGGUACAUUUGCUGACGAAAAUUUUCAGAUCAAACAUGAUCGACCAUAUCUUCUUUCGAUGGCUAAUCGAGGUCCAAAUACGAAUGGAUCACAAUUUUUCAUUACAACAGCAGACGCAUCAUAUCUUGAUGGUAAACAUGUGGUUUUCGGUCAUGUUGUUGCUGGCCAAUCCGUAGUUGAUGAAAUUGAAAAUUUACCUGUUGAUUCAAAUAAUAGUCGACCAUUGAAAGAUGUUGUUAUAUCUCAUUGCGGUCAAUUAGUACUUAUUUCAAAAAAUAAUAAACAAAAAAAACGUAAAAUUUCUACAGGAGGUGAAAGUGAUAAUCACGCGGAGAGUGGAAGUGAUUCAUCGUCGUCAGAUGAUCAGAAAAAGAAAAAGAAAUCGAAACAUAAAAAGAAAGAAAAACAUCGACGAAAGAAAGAAGAUAAGCGUCUAGCAAAACUUGCUGCUGCUGCUGCUGCCGCUGAAGAAGAAAAUGAAUCUGAUCAACAAUUAAAUAAAACAGAUGAAAAAUCUAAUGAAUUAUCUGGACGAGAUAUGAUGGGUCUAAAAACAACAAUUGAUCCUGAUGAAAUACCUGAAAUACCUGCACAUAAAUUUCUUCUUCGACCUAAUGCAAAUGAUAAUAAUGAAACAACAAAUACUCGUACAAAUAAUAAUCGUUCAUCGAAAAAAAUUGAUUCAAGUGGUCGCCCAGUUAAAGGCCGUGGCUUUAUGAGAUAUACUGGCAAAAGUCGUUCAAGAUCACGUACACCACCACAUUGGCGUCAUGCUAUUGAAGAUCGUAACCGUUUUUCUGAUAGAAAUGAAUUUCGUAAACAGGAUAUAAAUGAAAAUAUUGAAAAUGAUCAUAAACGUAAACGUGUUGAUGAAGAAAAACAUGAUAAUAAUCGAGAAGAUCGAUAUUCACGUCGAAACGAUAGACGAAAAGAUGAUCAUCGUUCAAGUGAAUCAUCACGACAUAAAUAUCAACGUAAAUCAACAAGUCCUGAUCAACAACAACAACGAUCAAAUAAUAUUAAACAAAAAGAAAAUGAUACAUCGAAUAUUAUUCGAAAAACACCUUCACCAUCAAAUCGUCAUUCUUCACGAAAUCGUUCACCAUUAUCAUCAUCAACAAAUGAUCAACAUCAAAAGAAAGAUUCUCGAUCACAUCGUCGUCAUCAUUCUCCAUCACCAAUUCAUGAUCAACAUUCAACGAAGGAAACUCGAUCACGUCAACAACCAUCAUCUCAUAGUAGUUAUCAUCGUCGUUCAAAAACACCACCACCACCACCCUCUCGUGUUCGUUCACCAUCACCAAUAAUCGAGAAGAAAGAUUCUCGAUCAUUUGUUCGUCGUUCGAAAAGUCCACCACCAUCUCGUGUUCGUUCGCCAUCACCAGUGAUUGAAAAGAAGGAUUCUCGAUCAUUUAUUCGUCGUUCAAAAUCUCCACCACCACCCUCUCGUGUUCGUUCACCAUCACCCAUCAUCGAGAAGAAAGAUUCUCGAUCCUUUGUUCGUCGUUCGAAAAGUCCUCCACCUUCUUCAUUUCGAAUUCGUUCACCAUCUCCAAAGAUUGAUCAACAUAAAACAAAAGAUUCUUUUCGUUCACGUCAUCGUCAUUCAAAAACUCCACCAUCUUCUUCUACUCGUGCUCGUUCACCAUCACCUGUGAUUGAACAACGUGAAAACAAGGACUCUCAUUCACGUCUUCGCCGGUCAAAAACUCCACCACCUUCAGGGUCUCGUGUUCGGUCACCUUUACCAGUCAUUGAUAAAAAUGAAAAUAAUAUAUCUCAAUCACAUCAGCAAGAAAAUACAAAUACAGCACCAUCUUCAUCAACAAAACGACGUAAACGUUGGGAAAACGAAGAAGAAUUUAAUGAACGUCAAACAUUAGCACAAGCAGCGCAACGUACAAGUCUUGAAGAUGAAUUACGUAUGAUUGCGCAAUCAAGUGCAGAACAACUUGAACCAUCAAAUCAAUUUACUAACAUUCCAGCACAAUCACAAGGAUCAACAACUAUUGCUAGUAAAUCAAAAUGGGAUGAUGAAGAUGAUAUGUAUGUUUGUUUUUUU